UUUGUGUUUGUUUGAAAAUCAAAUACCAAAUCAAAAAGUCAAAAAAGAGAAAACUCCCUCUCCUCCUCGCUUAUGCAUCGGUCCUCCGGUUUUCCACAGCGUCUAGACUGAGCCAAUCAGAAUUCGACGAACAAUGUGCGGGACCUUCGCUUACCUGAACUACAACGUCACGCGUGACAGACGCUUCAUUCUGGAGAUCCUCUUCAAUGGCUUGAGGCGGUUGGAGUACAGAGGCUAUGACUCCGCCGGGAUUUCCAUCGAUUCUUCGUCUCCAUCGUUCCUAUCUGCGGAUCCGAACGGACAGUUUGCCGAUUCUGCCCCUCCUCCUCUCGUCUUUCGCCAAGAAGGCAACAUAGAAUCACUCGUUAAAUCCGUCUACAAAGAUGUCGCGUCAACAGAGCUGAAUUUGGAGGAACCUUUUUCUGUUCAUGCUGGACUAGCACACACCCGGUGGGCAACUCAUGGAGAGCCAUCUCCAAAAAACAGCCAUCCUCAGACAUCUGGUGCUGGAAAUGAGUUCUUGGUUGUUCACAAUGGCAUCAUUACAAACUAUGAGGUGUUGAAGGAAACACUGAUCCGGCAUGGUUUCAACUUUGAAUCUGACACUGACACAGAAGUGAUUCCAAAGCUUGCAAAAUAUGUUUUUGACAAGGCAAAUGAAGAAGGUGACCAGACUGUCACAUUCAGUCAAGUUGUGCUUGAAGUUAUGAGGCAUCUUGAAGGAGCCUAUGCCCUUAUAUUCAAAAGUCGUCACUAUCCAAAUGAGUUGAUUGCUUGUAAACGUGGUAGUCCAUUGCUUUUAGGUGUCAAAGAAUUAAGUGAAGACACAAGCAGUGGAGCUUCAUUUCUUGAUCUUAAGUUCAUUUCAGAAAAUGGGCGUCCAAAAGAACUUUUUCUAUCCAGUGAUGCUAGUGCUGUAGUUGAACACACAAAAAAGGUUCUGGUGAUUGAAGAUGGUGAAGUAGUUCACCUUAAGGAUGGAGGUGUCUCUAUUCUUAAAUUUGAGAAUGACAAAGGAAAACAUGGCAGUGCACUUUCUAGACCAUCAUCAGUGCAACGUGCAUUAUCUUUUCUUGAGAUGGAGGUUGAGCAAAUCAACAAAGGAAAAUAUGACCAUUAUAUGCAGAAAGAAAUACAUGAACAACCAGAAUCUCUUACAACCACAAUGCGGGGAAGACUUAUUCGUGGAGGUUCUUGCAAAGCCAAGACUGUGCUUUUAGGUGGACUGAAAGAUCACAUAAAAACUAUUAGGCGGAGCAGACGUAUUGUUUUUAUUGGAUGUGGUACAAGCUAUAAUGCUGCUUUAGCUGCAAGACCUAUUAUUGAAGAACUCUCUGGUGUUCCUGUUACUAUGGAGAUUGCUAGUGAUCUGGUGGAUCGGCAGGGUCCAAUUUAUAGAGAAGACACUGCAGUUUUUGUUAGUCAAUCUGGUGAAACUGCAGAUACUCUUCUUGCAUUAGAGUAUGCCCUUGAAAAUGGCGCACUAUGUGUUGGCAUAACAAAUACUGUUGGUAGUGCAAUAGCCAGGAACACACAUUGUGGAAUUCACAUAAAUGCUGGCUGUGAGAUAGGGGUGGCAAGUACGAAGGCAUACACAAGUCAAAUUGUUGUGAUGGCAAUGCUAGCUCUGGCUAUUGGAGAUGAUGCAAUAUCUAGUCAAGCCAGACGAGAGGCUAUUAUAGAUGGUCUAUUUGAUUUGCCAAAUAAAGUUAGAGAGGCACUCAAGCUUGACCAGGAAAUGAAGGAUCUGGCUAAAUUAUUGAUUGCUGAGCAGUCACUUCUUGUAUUUGGAAGAGGAUAUAAUUUUGCAACAGCAUUAGAGGGCGCAUUAAAAGUAAAAGAGGUGUCUCUUAUGCACAGUGAGGGAAUACUUGCAGGUGAAAUGAAACACGGUCCUUUGGCUCUAGUUGAUGAAAAUCUCCCAAUUAUUGUUAUUGCUACACGUGAUGCAUGCUUCAGUAAGCAGCAGUCAGUUAUCCAGCAACUUCAUGCCCGCAAAGGCCGCCUUAUAGUGAUGUGUUCUAAAGGAGAUGCAGCAUCUGUAUGUCCUGGUGAAUCUUGUCGAGUGAUUGAAGUUCCUCAGGUUGAAGAUUGUCUUCAACCUGUGGUUAAUAUUAUUCCUUUGCAGUUGUUGGCAUAUCACCUUACUGUUCUGCGGGGUCACAAUGUUGACCAACCUCGGAAUCUUGCGAAGAGCGUAACAACCCAAUGAGAAAGAUUCACUAACUUGUUCUUCAAACCAGGAAAAAGUAACAAGAAUCGUAGCAGAGCUUACCUGCAGCAGGAUAUAUCUCUGGAAUUACCUGAUGUUCGGGUUAUGCAUUGUAAAUUCAUUAGAAAAAUAGCACACUGAUCCUCCAAUUUGCUCUCGUAACUCAUGUUGUUAACCACUUCGUUUAUUCUGAUUGGUGUUUUUUCUAACUGUAGUACUAGAUCAUUACCCAUGUCGUUACUCCUAAGUUUAUGUUCUCUUUUCCAUGUAAUGUCGACUUUGGUUGAAAAUGAAUAGAGCAGAAGGUGUUGUCUAA